AUGUUCGAUCUCCCACGGCCAAUCAUUCAUAAAAAUAUUUACAUCGGCGGAUUAGGGAUAAGUGAUCCAAAGCCACUCGACGAGAAAUUUACCGCUUUGAUGAAAAAAGGCAGGAAUGGAGUGAUAAUCAUCUCGCUCGGGACUAUUGCACCUUUUCACGUUCUUCCGCAGAAAGUGAAAAUAGGAUUUGCAAAUGUUAUCAAAUCGAUGCCAGACUACCACUUCAUUUUGAAAGUUAGCAAAGGCGACACUAGUACACCAUCUUUCUUCAAGGAUGGCUCCAACUUUGACUUUAUUGAGUGGUUACCUCAGAAAGACAUAUUAGCCCAUCCCCGACUGAAACUUUUUGUCACGCAUGGUGGUAUCAAUGGGCUUGAAGAAGCAUUAUUCAGAGGAGUUCCAGUUGUGGUCAUUCCAUUGUUUGCUGACCAAUUCCGCAAUGGUAGAAAUGUUGAAAAGCGAGGCGUGGGAAAGGUGAUAGGUUUUUUUUGCAGUAGCAUGAAUAUGCUUUUUCUUGUGCAUUUGGCAAAGAGCUUGGCCUUCUGUCUCGAUAUAACCUAUUCAGAAACGAUUAGAUCUGCUAUACAGGAGAUAUUAAGUGAUGACAGUUACAAACAAAAUGCUAUGCGCAUGUCGAAGCUAAUGCAAGAGAAACCAUUCAGUGCCGAGCAGCGACUCGUUCAAUGGACUAAUUUUGCUAUCGAAAACGGCGUUUUAGAUGUUCUACAUGUGCAGGGCUCCCGACUGAAUUCGAUUGUUUAUUUUAAUCUUGACGUAAUAGCUGUUGUUGUUAUUGUUAUAUGUUCGUUCUUGGUUAUCAUUUUUAAAUUGUUAAAAGCCUUAGGAAGAAAACUUUUUGUCCAAAAAGUUAAACAGAAUUAG